GACAAACCAACUUUGGAUCUAAAUUCUGUUACAUUGUUUGAAAUGUGCAUUAUAUUGAAAAGCAUUGCUUACCAACAAGAGCUUAUGAUUAUAGCAAUUAUUCAUUCUCCAUCACCACAGUUGUUUAAUAUAUUUGAUGAUUUCAUGUUGCUAGGAAAAGGAGGGAUGAUCAUAUAUUUUGCAGAUAGGCUUCAGAAUAUUUUGAUAUUUAUGAUGCUGGGUGUUACCUUUUGUGGGAUCAAUACCGAAACAAUAACUUUUGGAUAUGAGAAAGUCAUGUAUUUGCGUGAUAUGGCAGCGGGAAUAAGAACUGUUUUAUACUUUCUUGCUAAAGUUGUUACCGACAUUCCACAAAUUUUAUUGACAUCACUUAUGUAUUCAUUGGCAUUAAUAUUGUUCUAUGCAUAUCAAGCUCUAUUCUAUAAAGUCUAUUUAAUUGUUUUACUGUGCUAUAUGGCAACAUGGGAAAAACUGGGAUUAGCUGCCAAAGGGCUGGCUCUUGUCUAUGGUUUGAUUUUAAAUGAUGCCACCUCUAGAUUAGAAUUGGUCAUGUCUGACAACACCUACAAAUUUCUGAGAUGGUUGUG